GUUCGGGCUCGAGGCGAUAUGAUUCGACGCUCCUCGAGACAAAGUAGUACAUACUACAAUUGGCUACCACCACGAGGUCCGCACGGGAUAUAAGGCGCAGCCAUCCCGGCUGGCUCGCAUUCGUACUUUCCCUGUGUAGGAAUUCGUCAAUGAACCACCCACACCAGUCUUCAAAACCAUCCCGAAACCGUGAUCUCGUCGAGUCCUUCAAUGCCCUUGCACUGGCCGAGAAGUCAGACAAAGGACCAGGAAAAAUACUUACCGAUGCACCUCUGUCGAGCAGUCGUGCUCUGAGCGAAAAUGUCCCUGCACUUAACCUUUCGGCGACGGCAGACUAUGGCGACGACCAGAAACACCGCAGUCGAUGGUUCUCGGAUGGCAAGUCCAAGAAAAGGUUGAUUGGGAGCUUUGAACCGGUUCUACACGCGGUGAACAAGGUGAUGGAUAGCGUCCGUCGUCCAUCUUCGCCAUACCCAAAUACCCCAGGGCCCAUGCCUAGGCCGCGUCCUCAGACAGAACAGCGGUCACGGACGAUGCAACAUGCACUGCAGAUGAUAGAUUCUCAGAAUCAGCCGAAGGCAACGCUACAGCCCCCACAGACACUACCUUUCGCGACUCACUUGCAACCCAAGCAUGAUGCACCUGCUGUAUCUACCGUAUAUUCACCGCAAUUUAAACCUGAUAUCCCUGCCUCGCAUGACCCAAAGAGACUACCUUUUGCAACUCCACCGCGACCUAAGCUUGAUGCGCCUGUUGUAUCUACCGUGUACUCACUGCAAUCCAAUCCUGAUACCCCUCGCACGCACGGCGCAAAGAGCGCGCCUGCUAUACCAUCAGCUGCAGAUGACUUCUCUCGACCAACAUUCGUUGUGACUCCGACCAGACCCCACACAACAUCAAUUUCAUCCUCUGCAUCCACGUCUCCCUCUGGCCAGGUUACUGUCCAGUGCGGCGCUACAACCAAGUCUAACAAACAAUGCUCACGGACCGUUAAGUUGCCCCCUACACAUGCAAUUUUGGAUCCUAUACCCGCUGCGUAUUGUCAUCAACACCGAAAUAUGAAAGAGACCGGAUUUUAUGUCACAAGAACCGGUCAUGCAGAUAGAUAUGUUGAAUUUAAAGAUUAUGUGCCUGAGUAUCUGAGAGUGGAUACCCAGUUGGCACUUAAAGAAGAGAUGGCAAGGGCUCCCUCUAAAUCUGAUCGUCCGGGUUACAUAUAUACCUUUGAAAUUCGAGACCCUUCUGACGCACACCUCAUCCAGUUAAAGGUCGGCAGAACUGUCAAUCUCAAGAAGCGUCUUGAUCAGUGGGAUAAGCAAUGCGGAUCUAGAGAACAGGUCUUGCGCGGGUGGUGGCCUGGCACCGUUGAACCCGAUUCCGACAACGGGACAAACGAGAGCCUGCUCAGGGGCCAAAUGAAGGCAGGAGAUCCUGGCCCCCUUUGUCACCGUCUGGAGCGCCUUGUCCACAUAGAACUUGCAGAUUUGUCACUCUAUGCGCCAUACUUAGAAUCUGAGUGGCCGAAAACAAACAAUUCCAAGCAAUCGCCUUCUGCAGCAGGCACCCUUUCUAGUGGACUUUCUGCUGUGAAGAGAGCCAAUCGCUGUCUAGAUUGUGGGGUUGUUCACCGGGAAAUAUUUUCUUUCCGUCGACCAAACGAAGGAAAAUACGAAGGGAGGGAAUGGGAUCUUAUAGUUAAACCUGUAAUCGAGAGGUGGGGCAGGUUCGUGAAGGAAUAUUAUUCGUGAACUCUUCGGACUUGCUUGCACUGCAGGUUUUACGCCUCGCGUACAAGCAUACGUUUAACGAUCAUGUGUUGUAUAUUAUACCCAUGGACUUUUUGCACAAUCCUGCUGAUCUAUACCAACGAAUGGGACUACAUCUCUGCACGGCUUUCAUUGGACCUCGGUAAAGACGACUUCUCUAAUAAAGCACUGAAGGCGGGUACCCCCAAAAAAGUGG